CUUUUCCUGUUCCGCGUGGGGAAACCGUAGGGCGUUGAGAUUUCCACCCCUUUCCGUAUUUUUAAACGCUAAGUAAAUGGUGCCAAGUUAUCCCACAAGAUGGCUUUCCUGAGGCAGAGUAAAUUUCGUCACGUGUUUGGCAAACCGUUAAAGAGGGACCAGUGUUAUGAUAACAUCAGGAUUACACGGUCGUCGUGGGAGUCGACGUACUGUGCGGUGAAUCCCAAGUUUUUGGCUGUGAUAACAGAAGCAGGCGGUGGUGGCGCCUUCCUGGUUCUUCCCCUGUCAAAGGUUGGUAGAGUAGAGCGUGAUCAUCCUCUUGUUGCUGGACACAAGGCUGCUGUCCUCGAUGUCGCUUGGUGUCCUCACAAUGACAACGUCAUUGCCAGUGGAUCAGAAGACUGCUGCAUCAAGGUGUGGCAGAUACCGGAUGGAGGUCUGACGGCCAAUCUCACUGACCCCGUGGCUGACCUGUUUGCCCAUCAGAGGCGAGUUGGCCUGGUUGUGUGGCACCCAUGUGCUCACAACGUGUUGCUCAGUGCAGGAUCAGACAACAAGAUCUUUAUCUGGAAUGUUGGCCUUGGAGAAGCUCUCACAGAGAUUGACUUGCCCGAUUUGCCCCUGUGUGCUUCCUGGAACCAUAAUGGUAGUAAAAUUGUGGCCACAUGCAAAGACAAGAAGAUCAGAAUAUAUGAUCCAAGAACUGCUGAUUUGCUGAAGGAAGGAAAAUCACACGAGGGUGCAAAACCAUCUCAGUGUGUUUAUGUGAAGGACGGAAAGAUUGUCACAACAGGGUUUUCGCGGAUGAGUGAACGACAAUAUGCUCUAUGGGAUGAGAAUGACCUCUCAAAGCCAAAAAUGAUGGAAGAAAUUGACACAAGCAAUGGUGUCUUGUUUCCUUUCUAUGAUGCAGACACAAGUAUGGUUUAUUUGUGUGGCAAGGGAGACAGUAUAAUCCGAUUCUACGAGAUAACCGACGUAUCUCCCUUCAUCCACUACCUGUCGCUAUACCAGGCGAAUGACCCACAGAGAGGAAUCUGUUUCAUGCCCAAGAGAGGGCUGGACGUCAACCACUGUGAAAUAGCCAGGUGCUACAAAUUGCACAACUCAGGUUUGUGUGAGGUCAUACCCUUCACUGUGCCUAGAAAGUCCGAGUUGUUUCAAGAUGACUUGUACCCAGACACUGCGUCCGAUGUGCCUGCCAUGACAGCAGAUGAAUGGGUGGAUGGACAUAAUGUAGAGCCACUUUUAGUAUCACUCAAAGGUGGUUUUGUGUCAACAAAGAAGGAAGCUUUGAAGGUUGCUCGGAGGUCAAAUGUUCUUGACAAAAUGCCGAACCGAGCUGCCCAGGCUGCAUCAAACAUGUCCUCCGUGAACUCUUCGGAAGCUGCUGCAGCGGCAGUCCUCCCACCUAAUAUGCCAUCUGAAUUUGAUGCGAAACAGAUGAUGGAGGAACUUCGACAAUUGAAAAUCUUGGUUACAAAUCAGGAUGACCAUAUUAGUAAGCUUGAAAAACGCCUUGCCGAGCUUGAGUCUAGAUCUAGGUCAACUGACGAAGAAGAUGUCAAGGCUGAUGAUGAACACGCUGAUAGUCAAGACAAUGCAUAAAUAUUUUAGACAUUCUUCUCAACUUUCAAGUCACUGGACAGUGUGCAUUAAUAUCAAUAUUGUAGUUUCUGAAUAAGAAAUUGUCGAACCAAAAAAAAAAAGUCACUUGAAUUAUGCAAAAUGUUUGAGACAUUUAAAUGGUAAAUGUAUUGAGAAGUUGAAACCAGUCUCAGACUAUUCCAGGACCUGGUUUUAUGUUUUAUGAUGCAAUUACUGUAUUUUUUCUGUUACUAUUUUCAUCUUUAAAUCGUGUAAAUACUUCAGGUAUCAAGACUGUAUAAGUAAACAAUGUGUUUUUAUUUUCAUAAUAUCUUCCAAAACCUAAUUCUUUCACUGAGGAAUAGGAGGAAUGUGAUCCACUGUUUCGUGGAGGUGUGGGUUAAGGUCCACAUCUAUAGGCACUAGUUGUUUGUUAUUGGUGCUUGCUCAUUAUAAAUAUUUUAUACGCUUCAGGCAUUAUUAUUUCACCAGUCAGUCACUAACUCACAAUACCAACAACCAAGCAUUAAUUUUUUAAAUUGCCAUUUGUACGAUUUCAUUGUAUCAUGUAAUUGUCUGAGAUUUGUGGAGAAGGUACAGAAACUGAAUGUUUAGUGCCAUAAUGUUGUGCAUGCCAUUUUGUAGCUUCUGGCAUUGCUUAUUAAAAUUUUGUUUUAAUUCCAUUCUUUGGUCCGACUACAACCUCCGUUGUAAGCUACAUUUAUGAUAGAUUUUUCCGCUUUGUUUGAGUUACAUUUUUUUUUAGUUACAUUUUUUUUGUUAUUAUAUUUCAGUGUACUGUAAAAGCCGACAUAUGUAUUAGAGCUUCAGUGUACUUUAUAUAGAAGACACAGGUUAUACGUAAUCAUGCUUCACUCUGUACACAUUUCUUACAUGUAACAGUCAUGAUAUAGUGUAGUUUCAAAUUCAGGGCCUUACUUUAAGUCUUACCCAGCUUAAUUUGGACAAGUGGUUCUGGGCGUAGGACAAAUCGGCAGUUCUGACAAAGAGGUUAAGAGGUUGAUGUCGCAAUUUUUCUAUCAUUUUAAGUUUUCUGUGAAUUAAUUUUGGGCUUCAUAGUCCUCCAUUAUUGCAUCACUGUAAUGGGUAUUUUUAGCUAUACAAGUGAUUAACAAACACAAAAUUACAAUACUGGCCACAUAUUUUCGAAGCUAUCUUAGCACUACAAAUAACAUAAAACUAUCAUAGACUACCAUGUUAUUACGACACAGGUCAUAGCCCGUGAUGGUUUUACUAUAUUGUACCACUAAGAAUCUUCACAAAUUUGGACCCUCUUUUUUUUGUUUGGCAUGUCCUUAAGUCAGUGUUUAUAAGCAGACUUAUGGUACAAGUUAUGGGACGGUUUAUUUGUAACGCCAAGACACAACCAUUAUAUUCUUCAUACUGUGCAUGUUAUAGACUCCAGUGGCAGCUGACUAAGAUGGCAGCAAACCAGCAUUGCCAUAAACGUAUCCAAAUGUAUGUCGGGUAACAUAUUUUUAUUGGUGACCUCACCUGUUACAUAUUUAGGUAUGAAAUAGAUGCACAAUUGGGAAAUUCUUUAGUUUAGUAGUGAACUAAUUUUACUUUGCCUACUACCACAAAAUAUUCUAGUCUUCUCUAAUUGCAUUCUGUAGUCCCAUACUUAACUGAUCUCAUUUUAACAAGUCUUACUACGAUAAAAAAAAAAAAAAAAUCGCCGUCAGUAAAUGUACAUGUAACUAGCAUAGGUAUGGUACUACAUAAUGUGAAUACUGUAAGACUGGAAUAAUUGCUGGUUAUGGAAUUAUAACUAGAUCAAAUUUCAUAUUUCCUGGUUAAAACAUCGUACAACUAGUAUAAUGACUAGAAAAGUAGUUAAUUAAUCACUUGGGCAUCUGGAAUGAGUUGCCCCUGUGAUAUAAUGCUAACUGCAGGUAUUUCCUUAGCAGUUGCUGGUCUGUUGCAAAAUUUAAUUACAUUAAAAAAAAAAAAAUGUUUAUACAUGUUUGUGAAAACAAAAUUAGUAAGUAAAGCCUGAAACUUGAUCAUUAAAGUGGCUAACAUGGUAAAGGAGUCAUGACUAUAUAUAUUUUGUAAAUAUUGACUGUGAUUGAAAUAUAUGUUGUGAUGCAACUAUGUACAUUUCAAUAUGUUAAUAUUAUUAGUUUUUGUAAAUUCACAUUUUUAACAACAUUUUGCCUGUAUAUUUUGCUGAUGCAUGUUUCUUCCAAUUUACAGUUUUGUUGAUUUUAUUUUGUUUAUGUAGCUUUCAUGGGUUAGUACUGUAUUUUUAUGUGCAUCGUCCGCUUCUUUUAUCUGCCAGAAAAAAAAAAAUUGUGGUUAUUUUGACUGUUUUGUUCCAAUUUUCUUUAAUUUGUUUCCUUUUAGGGGUUUUUUGUAUAAAACGGUUGAUUUUCAUUCAUACAAUAUAUUUUGCUUAAAAUAUGCAAGAAAAUCAAAUACUUUUAUAUUGAAAAGGUCAUAAUUGUUACUUUUUGUACAGUUUUAUUGUAGUUGGUAAAAGUUGACAGACUAUUGUUUACACUGGAGUAAGAAUAAUGUCACCAAUAAAUAAUUGGCACAACUUGUAGGUAAUAAUUGCAAGUUUAUUUUGCCAUUAUAAAUUUUGCACGGUCUAUUUUGGUGGGCUUUUGCCUCUUUAUUUAGCAGCUACAUGUAGUUGGGAUCAGUUUUUAAACACUUUGUAUUAAUGUAGUGAGUCAGCCUUUUGUUGUUAUUUAUAACAUGUGCUGCAACAUUUUAAACUGAAAACAUCAGCACUAAUUCUGGAUGUUAUAACUGUUGUUUAAAUUACCCACUUUUUAAUAAUUUUCAGUCAUAUACCCUACAUAUAUGAAAAUUGGCUAAAACAAAGUUUGUUCCUGUGUGACUCAUGUUAAUGCAGAAUAUUGACCUGCACAUGAAAUUGCUUAUAAUUACAGGUGAAAUUUUCAGGUUUUUUUUUUUUUUUUUUUUUUAAAUUAAUACACUGUAGCCUUUGGCGUUGAUCCUGCUAAUGGUUUCAUUGCAUAGUAAAAAUAAAGUAAUAAAUUGUCUAGUCUUGAUAUUGUUAAGAAUCUAUAAGCAGCAGCUGGAACAUUAACUUUUUUGGUUUGGUCAUUCUGUUGUUUAUGUUACAACUAUAACUGACUGUAUACUGGAAUUUACGGAAGGCACCUGCAUUAGUAUAAGUAACAAGAAAUUGCUUUCCUCACUAGAUGGUGUAUUAAAACGUGGAAUAUCAAUAGAAAUAGCAUUCCAUUUACUCUUUGAUGUGCCUUGAUGUUUUUGUGAACAACUAUUGAAAUAAUCUUUAGUGUGUUUAUUCUUUUCUAUUUAUUCUAAUGUCACUUGAAGGCUAGUUAAUGCAUAUAUUUCUAUUAUUUAUAGAGGCAGUGGAAGUGUUUUGUUUAACUACAUUAUAUUCUGUGUAUCUUUUUGUCUUGUAUUUUUGAGUAAUUUUUGUUUUGUUUUUAAUAAAUGCCUUAGUUAUGUACAGUAAAACAAUGUAUAGAGAAAAACAAAAUACCAAAAAACAAUCCAGCAUAAAUAAAAGCUAGUUUAAAAAUGUGUUUAAUUGUGCUCUCCCCACUUUAUACACACAUGUAAAUAACUUGAGUGACAUAGGGUUUGGGAAUAUAAAAAAUCCCUCACCAUGUCUAUGAGUUUUUAAAAAAAAGUUUUUAUCUUUUGUUAUAAGUUUGUUCUGUGAAUAGUCAAUUCUGUUUCUGGUGGUCAUCAUUAUGUUUGCAUAGUCAUGUUUUAAACAUUUGUUAUUUUUAUUGAUGUGUUUGUGGAAAUUCCGAACCUCGGUUAGGAGGAAUCAAUUAAAAUAGCUGACAUUGAAAGUAGUCAUGUGCUUCAAAGAAUGUUGCUUAUUUAGCUAUACAUCUGUACAAGCAAACCUGAUGCCUUAAAUAUAUUAUUUAUUUAAAAUGGAACCUCUAAUUCAUGUUUUAAAAAAACCCAAACUAAAACCAAAAAUACAAAUGUAGAAUAUUUCAGUCAUGUUACUAUUUAAAUCAUAGUAGUACAAAAUCAGUAUGUUUUUAAAUUCUAAACUUGUAUGAAAUUUAAAAUAUGUAAUAUUCAGACGGAAAAUGACUACAAAUAGUAUAGUUCCUUUAGUAACAUAUGUAAAUUGUGUGUUUAUACAUGUAUACAGUAAGAGAUAAUAUUAUGUCUAUGUGUGUAUACAGUAAUAAUUCAUGACAUAGCAAGUUGUCUAUUUUGUUGUUUAAUGUGCAUGUUUGACCUUUAUGUAAUUGUUAAAGAAAUAUGGAUAAAUUGUAUGAAUAAUACUGGGUGGGAGGGUUGCAAUUAUUUGUCUUUUUAUAAACACUUUGUAAAUAAGUAUUCUUUAUAGUGUGUUUUGUUCUUUCAAAAUGGAUGUGUAUUUGAAACUUUUCUUCUAAUCUUAAAUCAAGGCAGCAGAGGUGUUUAGAAUUGAACACUCUCCCUGUGGCAUAAAAUUGAUGGAAUUUGGCACAGUAAUAUAAAGCAAGAUCUUGCAUGCUUAAAGUACUACUUUCUAAAAAAAAUAAACUAUGAUUAUGGUGAGAUGGAGUCAUUUCAUUUUCAUAAAAUGUCGCACAAAAUGAUUCUGUAUAGAUUCAACAAUAAUGAAUGUCAUUGUUGAUAUUUAUACAGAAUUAUACAUGACACAAUAAUUUCUAGUUUUCUAAGAUCAAAAUAUGCAGCAUGUGUUUCAUCAAAUUGUAUUAAUGACAGGGGUAUUCAGGAGAAAAGUGUACAGUGUUUAGAAUUCUUUCUUUCUUUCUUCCCUUUCAUGAUUGUCCUUGUUCACAACAUCUGAUUAAGCCAGUGGCUUUUUUUGUGUUUUUUACACCUUGAUCAUUGGUACGAGAUACAACUAUUGAUUACAAUGUGAAAAAAAAGGUAUUUUUAAAUUAAUACAGUAACUGAAAAGUAUCAAUACAUAUUUGUGGGUGUAUUUCUAUUAAGAUCAAAGAACAAUUUGAUUAAUCUUUUUUAAUGGAUUUGUGUUUUAUAAAUACUCGAACUGGUUUUAGGUAUCAUUCUCUGACAUUUAGUCUGUUAUUCGAUAGGUACGGCAUGAGUAACACAGUGUUUUUUAAUAUCAUUUGAACAGCAGCCGACAUUGGUGUGAAAUUGAUGGACGUUGGGUUGUCUUUUGUUAAUGUGGAACCUUUUGAAGGAUAGUUAAUGAAAUGCUUUUGUUUUGUCAUGGGUGUAAUCUGGGUGUGUCAUUGUGUUGAAAGUUGGUGCGUCAGAAGAAUCACACCGUCAUUACUGUAAUAAGCUGGUCUACUCUAAUAACUGACUGUAUAGAAAUCUUUAGAAUACGUGUAUCAAAUAGAGAGAAUAUACUUUCCAAUUUCGAAUCUAUUGUUGAAUCUUUCAUACUUGGACAAACUAAAGAGUGCUGGACAAAACCAGGGGGUGGGCAACAAAUAAUUUAGGAACACUGUUGAAGGUAUAGUGCUGGUCAAAAUGGUUAAAAUUGACAACGUUCUGGGUAGAAUUGCACAAGUAGUUGGCAAAUGCACCUGGUGUGGGCUGUUUUAGUAAUAUAUAUAUAUAUAUACAUACAUAGCUGAACAUGAGUAGUCACUGAAGACCAGUUAAUAGUCACUCGAACAAGGGUUAGUAGUCGUCAUCAUUUUGCAGUGUCAUAUGGCAAUAUUACAACAUAAUUGCCAUAUCUAGUUAACAUGUAAUUGCUAUGUUGAUGCAGAAGGACAUUUUAGAACAAAUACCUCUUCUUCUUUUUUAAUUAAAACAAUUUUUUCCAGCAACAUAUAUUUUAUAAUUUGUAAAUGUUUUGGUAGCAUUGUAGGGUUUUUUGUUGGGGUUUUUUUUUAUCUGAAUGUUGUGUUGCCAUUAUUUGUUAAACAAGUACUAAAAGUGUUAAGUAUUUUAUUUUCAAAAUAGUGUAUAACUUAAUUUCUUUCUUGUUUUAAGAAAUAGAAAUUAAUUACAAUUUUGUCUGGUUCGAGAGGUUAUUUUGUUUUAUGUGAGAGAAGGAAAUGUGCACUGAAGGUAAAGAAUAGAUGUUCUUGAAUGAUUCCAGUCUUUGAAUGGCCUACUCAACUUCUGAUGUUAUUUUCAAUGGUGUAAAUUUUUCAUCCUGUUAUGCAAUAAACUGCUGUAGAUUGA